AUGGAGGAUAUUGUGCCUCUGAUUGUUGUGCUUUUCCAGCUAGAAGCACAAGAUAUCGAAGUCUGUGAGCAACUCUAUAAAGCUUUGGUGGAUUCUCUUGCCGGAAAUAGCACCUAUUGUCAUCGGAUUUAUUUUGAUGAUGAUUUUUCACGAUAUCUUAUUGUACGUGAGAAAUUUGAACAUCUCUCUCAAGGAACCACUGGUCUUUCAUGUUGGCAGGCAUCAUGUGAUCUCGCUAACUAUUUACUGAAAUUUAAUCGUGAAGCUUUUUGUGCAAAUGAUGUGCUGGAAUUGGGCGCAGGCUGCGGGCUGGUUGGCAUUGCGCUUGCUGCUACUGGUUGCCCGCGAACCGUGACACUCUCUGAUGGCAGCGAAGAUGUGUUGAGUUUAAUUCGCGAUAAUAUCAGCAUAAAUUUCUCGCAGUACUUUGAAAUUUUACGGUUAAAUUUAGAUGUGAUAUACGAUCCGUUAUCUGUCAGACCUCUCGCUAGCGCUAUUAAGAAGCUACUUGUUGCUUCAUUUGAUAUGGAUCCGGCUAACACUGGCUGUUGUAUUCUUGCAAAUACAUUGAGAAAUCACGAAACCAUGGAAAAAUUCCUCAUCUGUGCAGCUAAAUCACUUUUGCGGUCUCUUCACAAAUUCAAAAUGUUUAUGCCACGUGGUUUCGGUGGUGAUACUAAUUCAGCAGCCAAAUUAGCGGAAGAGCGCCGACGUGCGCAGCUCGAAACGCGAAAUGAUGCGAUCCGUUUCCUGAUGUUUCCGCUCGUCGUAGAACUUGGUAAGAAUUUUUCUCCAACUUUAAAAUAUCGGUGA